GCGUGGCCGGGGGCGGAGGGGCGUGCCCCGGGCCGGGGGCGGGGCGAGGGAAAGCCAGGAGGCGGAAGUUCCCGCGGGCGGUGGGGACUGAGCCCGCUCCGCGAGUCACUUGUCAGCCCUGGUCUAAGGCGGAGGCAGCGCCGCGCCGGACCCGAGCAUAUUUCAUUUUCUGUCAUUGGACUUUGAACCAUUAGAACCAUGAGCAACUACAGCGUGUCACUGGUUGGCCCAGCUCCUUGGGGUUUCCGGCUGCAAGGCGGCAAGGAUUUCAACAUGCCUCUGACAAUUUCUAGUCUAAAAGAUGGCGGCAAGGCAGCCCAGGCAAAUGUAAGAAUAGGUGAUGUGGUUCUCACCAUUGAUGGAAUAAGUGCACAAGGAAUGACUCAUCUUGAAGCCCAGAAUAAGAUUAAGGGUUGUACAGGCUCUUUGAAUAUGACUCUGCAAAGAGCAUCUGCUACACCCAAGCCUGAGCCGGUUCCUGUUCAAAAGGGAGAACCUAAAGAAGUAGUUAAACCUGUGCCCAUUACAUCUCCUGCUGUGUCCAAAAUCACUUCUACAACCAACAUGGCCUACAAUAAGGCACCACGGCCUUUUGGUUCUGUGUCUUCACCAAAAGUCACAUCCAUCCCAUCACCAUCGUCUGCCUUCACCCCAGCCCAUGCGACCACUUCAUCACAUGCUUCCCCUCCACCCAUGGCUGCUGCCAUCACUCCUCCCCCGUUCGCUGCAUCUGGACUGCAUGCUAAUGCCAAUCUUAGUGCUGACCAGUCUCCAUCUGCACUGAGUGCUGGUAAAACUGCAGUUAAUGUCCCACGGCAGCCCACAGUCACCAGCGUGUGUUCCGAGACUUCUCAGGAGCUAGCAGAGGGACAGAGAAGAGGAUCCCAGGGUGACAGUAAACAACAAAAUGGGAAAAUUCCACCUAAACGCCCACCAAGAAAACACAUUGUGGAGCGCAAUACAGAGUUUUAUCAUAUACCCACUCACAGUGAUGCCAGCAAGAAGAGACUGAUUGAGGAUACUGAAGACUGGCGUCCAAGGACUGGAACAACUCAGUCUCGCUCUUUCCGAAUCCUUGCCCAGAUCACUGGGACUGAACAUUUGAAAGAAUCUGAAACCGAUAAUACAAAGAAGGCAAAGUUUGACAGUUCUCUGGAAGACCUGCAUAAGAGUGGACUGCACCCACCUGCAACUCCUCAGGUGUUAACUAUUGGUAGCCAAGUGGCCACACUUUCUAAAGUAGCAACUACUUAUUCUAGUUUAAGCUGCUAUACAGGAAAUGUGGAAUAUUCUUUCGAAGGUUUUCGAAACUUUUCUACCUUCUCUUCUCCUGCUAGAUAUAGUGCUGCAGUCCUGAGCAGUGCAGCUGCUACUGUGUCUGCUGUUAUUGCUGCAAAAACCAGGCUCUACACUCCUGAAAGAUACCACUCAAUCCUGGAUGCACUUUGCAUCAGCCCUGUCUCCAAGCCUUUAGCUUUUUCCUAUCUGCAGUCCUCAAGGAAAUCAACUGGCUCUAUCCAUGUUAAGAAAACAAGUAACUCUCAGGAGCCUUCUCCGCAGUUGGCUUCCUCAGUAGCUUCCACACGGAGCAUGCCAGAGAGCCUGGACAGCCCAGCCUCUGGCAGACCCGGGGUGGCCAGCCUCGCAACUGCGGCUGCCUUCAAACCUGUAGGAUCCACCGGUAUCAUCAAGUCACCAAGCUGGCAACGGCCAAACCAAGCAGUACCUUCCACUGGAAGAAUCUCAAACAGUGCUACUUCCUCAGGAGCAGUGGCACCAGCCAACUCAGCUUUGGGACAACCUCAGCCAAGUGACCAGGACACUUUAGUGCAAAGAGCUGAGCACAUUCCAGCAGGGAAACGAACUCCAAUGUGUGCCCACUGUAACCAGGUCAUCAGAGGACCAUUCUUAGUGGCACUGGGGAAAUCUUGGCACCCGGAAGAAUUUAACUGCGCUCACUGCAAAAAUACAAUGGCCUACAUUGGAUUUGUAGAGGAAAAAGGAGACCUAUAUUGUGAGCUUUGCUAUGAGAAGUUCUUCGCUCCUGAGUGUGGUAGAUGCCAAAGGAAGAUCCUUGGAGAAGUCAUCAAUGCGUUGAAACAAACUUGGCAUGUUUCCUGUUUUGUGUGUGUAGCCUGUGGAAAGCCCAUUCGGAACAAUGUUUUUCACUUGGAGGAUGGUGAACCCUACUGUGAGACUGAUUAUUAUGCCCUCUUUGGUACUAUAUGCCAUGGAUGUGAAUUUCCCAUAGAAGCUGGUGACAUGUUCCUGGAAGCUCUGGGCUACACCUGGCAUGACACUUGCUUUGUAUGCUCAGUGUGUUGUGAAAGUUUGGAAGGUCAGACCUUUUUCUCCAAGAAGGACAAGCCACUGUGUAAGAAACAUGCUCAUUCUGUGAAUUUUUGAAAGUCAACAGUUCAGGAGAAGAGAAGAAAUUUGAAGAGAAAAAUGAAAAUUAAAAUUACUAAUUAAUUUUUAGAUUCAAUAUUUAUUUGGAGUUUUGAAAAAUCAUAGUGGCCCUGAAGGAAUAAAUUCCAGCUUUAAAAACCAAGUCUGAGGAAAUAUUUGGCUUCAUAAAGUAAAGAGACAGUUUGGCAUUAUUACUUUUUCCUGUAUUUUAUGCCCAUAAAAUAACUAUUAUAAAAACCAAUUUCCUGAUGGACUAUUAAAUUCAUCUUAGAAUAAAUUAGUGAAGAAUUAAAUUUUAGAAUAAAUUAUACAAUCUGAAAUAAUUAUACCUUCUUUCCUUGUUAGGUAGUUACAAGAAAAUCUGCAAAAGGCAAUGAAAAUGCCUUUAAUUUUAUCAAUAAGAGAAUCAUUUAAAGAAAAACUAAUACAUAUCUUUAAAAUAGUACAUAGGAUUUUAAACAGAGAGUUUUAUCAGUAGUAGGUGUCAGUUUUUUAAAAUUGCCUAUAGGCCAGAUGUAGUGGCUCAUAACUGUAAUCCCAGCACUUUGGGAGGCCAAAGCGGGCGGAUCACCUGAGGUCAAGAGUUCAAAAUCAGCCUGGCCAACAUGGUGAAACCCCAUCUCUACUAAAAAUACAAAAAUUAGCCAGAUGCGGUGGCAUGUGCCUGUAGUCCCAGCUACUUGGAAGGCUGAGGCACGAGAAUUGCUUGAACCUGAGAGGCGGAGGUUGCAGUGAGCUGAGAUCGUGCCACUGCACUUCAGCCUGGGUGACAGAGGAAGACUCUGUCUCAAAAAAAAAAUUGCUUGUAUAUUGUUUUUCCCUUACAGUGGAUCAUUCUAGUAGGAAAGGGCAAUGAGAUUUUUUUAAAUCAAAAUGUGUUAUGCCAGUAAGAGACAUUGUAUUCUUUUCUCAUUUCUUCCCCACCCAAAAAUAAGCUACCAUAUAGCUUAUAAGUCUCAAAUUUUUUGCCGUUUACUAAAAUGUGACUUUCUAUUCACUGUGUGUGCUUCAUCACUUAUAUUAGGCAAAUUCCAUUUUUUCUCUUCCCUGAUGCUAAGGCAAAGAUUUGAUUAAAUAAUUUUGGCCUCUAACAGCUUUCUCUCUCUUUAAAGAGAAUAAAUAGGAAAGAAUGUGGCUGGGGACUAUAGUGAAUCAGAAGAUUGUAUCCCCCAGUUUUUUCAUUCCACCCUUCUCAAAUAAUAAGUCAGUUAAAUCUGUUUCUGAGUUCUGCCACUGGCUGAUGAAGAGUUGAGAGCUCUCUUUGCAGAAUAAUGUUUUGUUUCAUUUUUUCUCUUCUACCUUUAAAAAUUAAAAAAUUGGCUUGAGGAUGUGAUGAAAUUCAGACUUUUUGUGGUUUUCUCUCAAUAAUAAGUGAACCAAUUUCACAUAUGAUCACAAAGUUUGGAAAGCUUUUAUUCACAGAGGUUUGGUAGUGUUGGGAGGGGAGUUUAAUUAUUCAGAUUGGCCUGUUAUUUGAUUUCCUCCUUUGGGAAAAGAAUUAUGUAGCUACCACAUGGAGACAGGGAAACAAUUGUGGUAAAACUGUGGAUGCUGUUGCUAUUUGCCCAGUGAGAAAACAGAUUUUGGUAUUUGAUUUUGUUUUUCUCUUUGUUUCCAGAAUGGAUGAAAGACCAUGAACCCCCUAAGUUAUAAUUUAAAUUUGUUUGGGGCAAGGUGCCUUUAUAGUUGAGACAGAGCCCUAGGUCCUUCCUGCCCCAUCACUCACUUACGACAUCACUUCCAUUGUGUGCAUGUUUGUUAUAGAGGAGGUUUUAGGCUACAAUAUUUGUUUAACCUCCCUAAGAACUUUCAAGGCAUCUGUCCUGAAAGCUGUUAAUUUAUGGUCUAGCAGAUUUAUAUUAUAUGCAGAUAAUAAUUAACUGGGGAUAAAAGAAUGGCAAGGGGUGACACAAAGUAGCAAACUGAAUACUUCUCCAAUAGCAACCCCAAGCUAGCUCCUCACCCUGCAUCUUGCAGGCAGGCAGGAGAUUUCUUUUGAAACAACAUGCUGGAACUGAAUUCUGCAUUAUUUAUCAUUGCUGCUGAAACCACCUAUAAAAGACUUGCUGGCUGAUGUGCAUUGUCAUAUAAUGUACACAUCUUUUGCUACAGUCUUUUACAUUUGACAUACAAAAUAAGUUGAUGGUUUUGUUUGGUGUGAUUUUUUUUUAGUUUUACCUUCUUAGGUUAUAUGUCAAGAUAGUAUUUGAUAAGUCUAUGGCAUUUAGAUGUUUUCUUCAGAGAAUUUUAUUUGACCCAGAUUUCUUAUAAUGUUAUCUUACAUUAAGGAUAUCAUUUUAUUAGACCUUUCUUUCUGCAUAUUAUUCAUGAAAUAUAAUGUUGCAUUUCUCCAAAUUUUAUUCCUGAAAGCGUAGUGUUGCUUCCUAAUGUAUCAUUUUUGUCUUUGUACUUUGUCCAUCUCUUCCAUGGCAAAGGGUUAUAUCUGUUCCUAAAACAGAUAUAAUUAGUUAAUCCUGUGAAAUAAAUCUUGAACAUAAUCCAGAAGAAUCUCUGUAUUUCCAGUGGGGAAUGCCAUAUUUAAUUCACCAGCAGUAAUCCUUUGAUAACUGGCAGAGCACUUUAUUCUUCUGAUGGGCUCCCUGAAUAUUUAUUUUUCUGAUUAUAAAUUUUCUAUGUCAGUAGCAUUUUUUAUCAUUACUUCUUCACUAUAGAGCAUUUACUUUUAGUCUCUCUAGAUGUGUAUUUUGGAAUGAUGUACUUGGCAUAACAUAGAUGAAAAUCAUAAUGCCUGACUAAAAUUUCCUUAGAUUUAUUUCCCAUUUAAAAAUUUCUGGUGAUAAGUUCAGAUUUAUAAUCUUUCUCUGGACUUACAUGGACUGAAUGUUGCCUGCCGAAGUAGGCAACCUAAAAAGUAGCCCCUGCUUAUGCUUCUAUAGUUGGCCCUCCGUGUCGCAUCUGUGAUUCAAUCAACUGUGGGUCAGAAAUAAGUGGGGGAAAACAAUUGAUGGUGGUGCCUUUACUGAACAUGUACAAACUUUUUUUGUCAUUAAUUCUUAAACAAUAUAGUGUAACAGCUAUUUACACAGCAUUUACAUUGUAUUAGUUAUUAUGAGUAGUCUAGAGAUGUUUUAAAGUAUAUGGUAGGAUGUGCAUAGGUUAUUUGGCAAUUCCUUCACCAUUUUAUAUAAGGGACUUGAACAUCAUGGAUUUUGGUAUCCUAGGGGGUCGUUGGAACCAGUCGCCCAGAGGGGUACCAUGGGAUAACUGUAGUAUCGUGUUUAUUUCUUAUUAAUUAAGAUUACGUUUAAAAUCUAAAACUGGAACCUAAUCAUUAGGUCACAGUGUAAAAACAAAUGGAAAUAGCAGUUCAAACCUUCAAAAUAUUAAUGUAGCAUUAUGUUCAAAAUAAUCUACAACAAAAAUGUACCAUUUUCAAGCAGUACUAUAUCAGGAGCCCUUUUAUAUAAAAUAAGUUCUUCGUUACCCCUGUUCAAGUGUGAGCUUAGUAUUCUGUUAACAUUUGUGUGGUGUUUGGAGUUUAGUCAUCCCUUUUGAAGGGAGAGCCUUCUCAGACAUAAAACAAGAGAAACAUACUAAAUAGUUUUACCCAAAUUUGAUCUGCCUUCCAUUCACCCCCCCCAAUUUCCCAAAUGUUUAAAGGUAUUGGAUUUGGAUUCUCAAUGUAUAAUUUGCCUUAUCUGUUCAUCUCUAUCUUCUGUCUCUUUAGGUUUGUAUAUAUCUGCUGUUUUGCUUUUGGAUACAUUUUCUAAUUAAAAGUCACAUGAGAAAUAUAAUCAGUAUAGUAAUACCAUAAUGUGCACAUACUCAACAAAUAAAUGACUGCAUUAUUGUAAAUGA